GUGUGUGUGUUUAGCCAUUGAUUUGGCAGUGUUGGGCGGUAUAGUCUAUAGAGGGGCAUGGUUUUUGACGCCGCACAGUUAUAGAAAAAAGAAACGUGAAACGGUAGGCUUUACGUCAUGUAGGGAGGGGACAGCGAACUGCGUGGUGAACUGAGCAGGGUUUAAAAGUCAUCACUCUCCGAUUUAGAGUCAGAAUACAAAAUCUUCCAAAAGGAUUGGGUUUGCUGCUUUUCCACUGAUGUGUCUAUUGUUGACAACUUUUGUCUCCAUAGUCCGGAUUUGACGAUAUUUGGAAGGGUGAAGAGGAGAGGAUACACAACUUUUUUAUUUCACCAUAGUGUCUAUUUUGGUGUAUCCUAAAUAGCCUUAUUUUCCCUCUUUAUUACAUUGACUUGAAGCUAUAGAUAACCCAUCAACAGACAAUAAGUCAUCAGAGGCUUACACUUGGCAUUUUGCCACCCCACCACAUCUCCAUUCCCUUUCCCCUCAUUUCUUGCACUCACCCUGUAAACUCCGAAGACAAGACAUGGUGUGUCUGAAGAAAUAUUUCACAGAGGGCUUGAUCCAGGUAGCCAUCCUGUUCAGUCUGGUUGGCGUCAGAGUAGAUGUGGGCCCUUACCUGCCCCCCUGGAACGAGAUGAUCUUGGGCCCCACCUCUGCACUCACCCAGACUCAGUUCCACAACCUCCACAACCAGCUGGAUGGCCAGGACCUCCACCCCAAGAGUAUAGACCUGGACGGCUUCUUCACAGCCCGGAGACUCCUGGGCUGGGUCCGCUCCCUGGACCGCCUCCGGGUGCCUAGCUCGGAGCUAGAAACCUGGCUUGUGCGGCGCGAGCCUGAUGCCCUGGUGGUGGGGUCUCAAAGUCAGCCAGCCCCCCUGGAGGGAGGGGCAGGUGGGUUGGAGGAUCAUGCGGGUGACCAGGUGGAGUCGGUCAUGAGGUCAAGCGUGGUAGGGGGGUCGCAGGAGUCGGGUUACGGGCCAAUCAGAGAGAACAGUCUGGAAACCACAGCGCCGCUUCUAAGAAGAAGCCAUGAGGAGGAGGAUGAAGAUCUCUAUGAAGAGGAUACAGAUAUGCUUUGGCAGGAUCACUCUGAUCUUGGACGUCAUCAGAGGUCUGAGGAGGAGCUGGUGGGGGACACCUGGAGAGAAAUCUGGAGGGAUGGUGGACGCUCUUAUGACCUUGCGAAUAGAGAACUUGCACAGGAUUUAUCUGAUCAGUUUGCCAGCUUGGAAGCUCAGUCCUCAAUGUCCUUCCAGGAAUGUCUACGGCUCUUGGAAGACACCUUCCCUUUUGGAGAGGAGACAGAGCUGUCAGACCCAGUUGGCGUAGAUCGGAGGGAAGCCGCCAGCGGAGAGGACCCAACCCCUGUCCGAGAGCUUCUCCUGUCCCCCCUGCUGUCCCACGAGGAACCCUCUCUGGACUUGGAGCAGCAGUGGCAUGAUAUUCUCGCCACCAUGGAGCCAGAAGAUAUGGAUAUGGACCUUGGCAGAGAUGAAAUGCAAUCUGGAUCUAUUCAGAGUUCCAGCUUGAUGGACCCCGUUCACCAGGAUGUCAGCCUUCAUCAGGCAAUCCUGCCCGGAAGCAGCCAGGAUAGUUACCCCUUCAACUCCAGCUUUGGGGGCAGUGUUCCCCUGGAGGACCCACUCCAGCCAGCCCUGCUCAGUCAGUCCUCCAGCGGACCUGACUUUGACCUUAACUUGACCUUUGGCCCAUCUGACCUGACAGAUACCACUCUUCCUUUGGCACUCAAUGGCACAGUUGGCAACCCCAUGGCUUCCAUUCAGUCAAGCCUCUUUCUGGAGGAACCAGUCCUGCCUAGCCCACUCGGUUCCCUAUUGGAUGAUGCCUUGCUGGAUGAGAUUAGUUUCCUGGACCUGGCUCUGGAGGAAGGCUUCAACCCAACACAGGCCUACCAACUUGAGGAGCUAGACUCUGACUCUGGACUUUCUCUAAACUUCAGCCACAGCCCUGCAUCCCCUAGCAGCUCGGAGGCAUCCUAUUCCUCUUCUUCAUCAUCCGACUCUGUGUUUUCUGAUGAAGGGGCUGUGGGCUACAGCUCUGACAUGGAGGUUAUUGUGACGCGAGAGGAAGGUGCCGUGGGAGGCUACUCCCCAGAAGUCCGUAAGAUGUGCAGCACAAGCUACCAGAAGCCUGGGCGUUUCAACAACCUCCCUUGGCUGGAACAAGUCGGCCACGACCAUACCUACAACCAGCCAAGGGCCACCUCUCCCACGCAGGGAAAAUCACAUUACAGCAAAACCUAUGAGCAUGACAUUUCCGAUAAGCUUUGGGGCCGUGAUGAGCGCCGGGCUCUCGCCAUGAAGAUCCCCUUCUCCAACGAUCUCAUUGUCAACCUGCCCGUGGAGGAGUUCAAUGAACUUCUGACCAAGCAUUGUCUCAGUGAGGCCCAGCUCAACCUGAUCCGAGACAUUCGCAGGCGGGGCAAAAACAAGAUGGCCGCUCAGAAUUGCCGCCGACGCAAGCUUGAUGUCCUGUUUGAGCUCGAGGAGGGGGUAGAAGGAUUAUACCGCCACAAGGCCCGUCUGUUAAAGCAAAAGGCAGAGAACCUUCGCUCUGUCCGGGAAAUGAAGCAGCGGCUCAGUGGUCUUUACCAGGAGGUUUUUUCCCGUCUGCGGGAUGAGCAAGGAAGACCCUUGCCUGCCACUGACUACACCCUCCAAUUUGGCAAUGAUGGACAGGUCCUGCUUGCUACACGGAACGGUUCAGCCAGUGAACAAAACCGCAAGCCCCACAAGAAACAGAAGAACAGAAAAAAGUGAACAUUUGUUGGGUGUGCAGUUUGGUGUAGCACUCAAGGAAUAGCUUGACAAGGAGAUAGCUGUAAAGAUUAAAUAUCUCACAAUAAGAGGGAACUGAAAAGGAAAGAUGUAAGAGGAAACCCAAAUCAGUUUAAUCUGCUCUGAUAGUUUAUUUGCUGGAAAGGACAUGUAGCACAAAUAUGAUCAUGCAAGAAUCUUGUGAACAUCUUGGAAAAACAAAGGGAAAACCUGUCUCAGGGGCAAAAUAACUGUUGGGAGGACCAUGUCAGCCUUCCAAAGAAAUACAGUACAUAAAACACUAAGGUGCCAAGGAGGAAUGGCUAGCCUACGGCCUUCAGCCAACAGACACAAGACCGGGCUCUUGGCGCAAUGCGGGCACAUUGCUGUCCCAGUCUUCCAGUGCCUAUAUGUUGAGGGUAGGCCUAGGUUCCUUGAAGUUAUCACUCACCAAAGUUUAUUAGGUACACAUCUAGUACCAGCUCAGAGCCCUCUUUGCCUCCAGAACUCUUCGGGGCAUGGAUUCUACAAUGUGUCGGAAACGUUUGUUGCUCAAUUGGUAUCAAGGAAAAACAUUCCCCACACCAGCUUGUACCAGGCAGGAUGGGUCCACGGACUCAUGCGGUUUAUGCCAAGUCCUGACACUGACGCAACAGGAACGGAGAUUCAACAGACCAGACAAUGUUUUUCCAAUCCUCAAUUGUCCAGUGUUGGUGAUGACAUGCCCACUAGAGCCGCUUCUUGUUUUUAGCUAAUAGGAGUGGAACAAGGUAUGGUGUCUGCUGCAAUAGUUCUUGCAAUUCUCCUUCGACCUCUCAUCAACGAGCCGAUUUCGCCCACAGGACUGCCGCUGACUGGAUGUUUUUGUCGCACCAUUCUCGGUAAACCCUAGACCCUGUUGUGUGUGAGAAGCUCUGGAGGGUGGGAGUUUGAGAUACUGGAUCUGGUGAGCCUGGCACUGACGAUCAUACCACUCGUUGCCAAUUCUAACGUUCAAUCAAAUAGCAACUGAAUGCCUCGAUGCCAAUCUGCCAGCUUUACAAAGCCUCAGCCACAAGACUCCAUGUCUUGUCUGUAAGAGUUAUCCAUUUUCAUGAACAGGAUGGUGUACCUUUUAUAAAUUGACCGGUGAGUGUAUACCCAAGUAAAAAAGGACAGGGGAGCCUGGUUGAGAACAAAAGGGAACCAAAAAGAUUUGCUCCAGUCUAAAGUGAACACAACACACAAGUUACCAUUAACUGGUGCAUUAUGGCUGUCAGUGAAGGAGUUGGAUAGUGCUUUUAGUAAAGCCUUAGUUACCCACACAGCUAUCUGUGGUUCUCAGGGGAUGUGACAUGAUGCAGACAAUGGUACAAUGAUAUUCAGGAAAUAGACUGCUUUAAAAGUACCUGAAUAUAAUAUCUACUCAGGCCCAGUGCCAACAAUAUUGUGUUAAUGAUAUGGUUGUGGACUUUUAUUUGUAACAAGUUGAAAUUGAAUGCCUUUAUCACCGGUAUCAUACUGGAAUAUAACUAAAUGCUGCAUAAAAUAUCACAGCAUUUUCAUAAAUGUUAAAAAGUCAAAUGUAUGAAAUACCACUAUCCAAUAUCAACAUAAAAGUACUUUAAAAAGUACUUUAAAAAAUGUAUAUAUAUUUAAACCCUGAAUUGGGUGCUAUAUGGUAUUAUUGGUUUUAAAAUAACGAUAUUGUGUUUUAGGAGGUUCUGUUUCAUACUUUUGAGUACUUGCUGGCAACCAAGGGAUGUUACUUUUGGGUGAAUAAAACAUUUUCAACCUACAUCUUUUUGAUCCCUUUUGCCUUGACAUUACUAAUAAUACUUAUACGUACUAAAGAAUUACAAGUUAACUGGUUUCAUCAAAUUAUAUGAAACACCAUUGUUAACAAAAAAAGAUUUAUUGUCCAAAAACAUUUAUACAAGUAAAAGUAACCACUGCAAAUGGUGACAUUGAUUGAAAGCAAGAAACAUGCAACGAGAUGUAUCUUCAGUAGACACGAGAAAGAGUCAAAGACAAAAUAACUAAAAGGUUACAUAUGAGCCACUUGUCUAGGAUAUACUGUGUAUAUAUAUAUAUAUAUAUAUAGAAAUCUUCCGGUCUAGUAUAUUAGAAAAGAUAUACAGCCCUCUUAGACUUGUAAUGUUAAAAUGAGCAGUAAAAUGCCAAUGCAAAAAUCAAUCCAAGGCAACAGGCUCGAUACCAGGGCUGUAAAACCCCUGGUACAGGUGGUUGUCUUCAGUACCUCAACAUUUUAAAUGUUAGUCACGAUUAAUCAGUUCAAUCGAUUAACACUUUCAUUCAAGCUAUUGUUAGCCGUGAUUAAAUCGAUUAAAUCAAUUACUUAACAAUUUAGGAUUUUUAAGAAGAGGAAUAUUCAGAUGCAGUAGAGCAGUGAACAAUUCUGCAAUUAAGCCAGCGGUAGCUAAGCCCCACAAACCAAACUCGAAUAUAAUCCGCCCACCUCUGAGGGUGUCAGAUGUUUAACAUAACCCACUCACCUCCGUGAGGGUGUCAGAUCUUUAAUUGGCAGCUCAUUUUAAUAUAACAGGUCCAGACUGGGCGAGUAUUAACAUCAGAGCUCAAAGGUAAAGUCUGAAAGUAGAAUUAGCUUAGUUGGAGAGGCCAUCAUGAUCUGGUCUUGCGAUUUCUUGGGCAGGAGGCCCAUCAUCUUUUUUUGUCAGUUGUGUGAGAUGGAUAAGUUGCUAGAUUGAUCUAUAUUCACGUGGGCUGUCAACACCUUGAAUAUAUUUACUUUACACUAUAAACAGGUCACCAUAAAACCGUUGUGUUUACUUUGAGUCACAAUAUAGACUAUACCUAGGGACCAGUCUUUAUUUAAAAACAGGGGUUUAGUAAAACAGAGACAUGUGCAUAGACCAGGGCAUUCCAACCCUGUUCUUGGAGAGGUACUCUCCAGUAGGUUCCCGUUUUAAUUGACCCGAUUCAGCUUAUCAUGACAAUCAGGUGCGCUAGAUUAGAGUUGGAGCAAAAAUAUAAAGGACUGUAGCUCUCUAGGUACAGGGUUGGAGAGCCCUGGCAUAGACACUACAUUUACAUCUGUGUACACCUCUUGGGAGGGAUUUGACACUUGCAUUACUGGCUUAUGUUGGUUGCAUUGGAAGAAAACUUUUUUUUGUUGUCCAUCCCAUCUUCACAAUCACAGCCAACCAUAGGCAUUGACUGGGCCCAACCCUUCCCAUCCCCUUAAUCCAAAUCCACGUAUUUACAGUGCAGUUUGAUGGCAAUGCCAAACCUCCUAAAAGCCCCCAAUCACCUCAAGAAAGCCUGUGAAUGGUGAGCAUGUACUGCACAUGGGAAGAGCUCGACAAGAAAGCAGGACAGACUACGUGGACGUUAUAGUAAAUUAAGCUUUCCACCAAAGAUGAAUCUGAGUGAAAGCCUGUCUUUCGCAUCUUCGUCUGUAGCUUCUUACUUAUUGCCGGAUUUCUGAGGGUAUGUUAUCUGACAGGAAAGUGGAUCACACCAAUCAAAUUUUAUUAGCCAUGGGUACGAGCCUACAAACAACUUGGGUUACAUAGAUCAUACUGGUGCUCUACAACAAAGUGAGUUGCUCCAUACCAGGGAUUCUGUUGGCUAGUAAUAGCCGGCUUUUGGCCGAUUAAAAAAAAGUGAACUUCCGAUAAAUAAAAUUGCCACCGGCCAAUUCUCUGUGAGAAGAAACAAAAUCCCAUUGAAAAAUAAUGCUUUUUAGCCUAUUCAUUGAUGGAAAUACCAGUCGAUGCAAAUACAUAUGACCGGUCAAGAUUAUCAGUUUGAAGAAAUAAUUUGCAUAAUUUGGUGGAAUUAAAUUGCCGUUUGUGUAUUUUCGUUAGUCUUUAUGCAUCUUAUGACAUGCGCACAGCAUACAGAUGCAGAGCCUAAUUAGAGCGGAAAAUCUGUCAGAACAGAGGAGCUGCUGGUACAGCUUCUCAAACAGCGUGUUACUUGCUGCUGGAAUCAAACGUGCUUUUACAAGCCCAAUCAUUGCACAACUAAAUGCAAUUGUGUGUUGAAAUAAGAUGGCCAUUAUUAAAAAUAGCUACUAUUUAAUUUCUUAACUGGCAAUAGAAGCGCCCUUCAGCGCGUCACACACCACUUAGCAAUGAAAUGGAGGCAGUAUUCAUUUAAAAAACAAAAACAUUCUUAAUUGUUUGAAACCUGAAUGUUUUACUUCAUAUUAUGAGGCAUGUCUUCCCUUGCUUCAAAGUAGCCUAGCCAACAUCCGACCGUAGAAACGUAAAGGCAAUUUAGAGUUCCGUAUGCCAUUGAAACCAGCAGCCUAUUUCUCUCAUUUUCUAUUGGUUUUCAAAUCAACUUUCUUUCAUUGUCCAGUAGUGAAAGGCACAAUCCUAGUCAUAUUAGCAACCCAUGCUAGUUGUUGCAUCUUUAGAUUAAGAGGGGAGAACAAAUGGAUAUUUUCAUCCCAACAGUGUUUUCUUGCCAAUUGCAUUACGGGACAAACAUUCGCGAAGUGUGAAGAAAUAAUA